CUUUUCAUAUUAUUACUUAAUAGUAUUUGUGUAAAUAUUUGGAUGCUCCAAGAUAAUAAUAAAAAAUAAAAGAAUCUUAAAAAUUCAAUUCUUUCCUUUGCAGAGGUAAAAGAAUUGCGUCUUAUAAAAUUUAUUAUUUUGCAUACUGUUUUAUCGAUUUUCAUAUUAGUUAUCAGCUAAGAAUAAACUGUAAAUUACAAUAAAAAGGAUAAGAACCUCGCCAUAUGAAAAUGUAAAAAUGAUGCAAAAAAUAUGUAAACUUAAAAUUUUAGCAAAUAGUUGUUAUAUAAAAAUUCUAAAAUUUAAUAUUAAGAUAAACAUUAAUGAAUUCAAUUAAUUAUUUUAUCUCCAAUGUAUAAUUAAUGCUUUCAAGGACAAAACAAAAAAAAAGUAUUUGAAAUACCUAUUUUAAUUAAGUUCAAAAGAACAAAAAUAAAAGUAAAGAAAAAUAAAUACGAAAUUGCUAUCGAAAAUGGCUAAUCCGCCACAGGAUACAUCUGGUUUAGGUUAUUUUUAUCAUUUACCGUCUGGUGGUUUUUUAAAUAGAAUUCGAAAUUCGUUGACACAAUUUAGUGAUAUUUUUAGUGAAUUUAAUAAAUACAUUGCUCCAGCAUAUCAUCAUGAUCGAUGUGAGCGAAGUGUUUAUAUGAGAUUAUAUUCAAUGCAUAAACGGGAGUUCGUAAUGGUCUUUAUAGGAUUUUUCAUAUGUUUUGGGCUUGGUAUUGUAAUUGGAUUAGCUGGUCCUCCUAUUACAAAUACAAAUGAAAUAACUGCCACCUCGAUAUUAGAAAAUACAACGAUAACAAAAGAUAAAAAUGCAUUGGCAACUGGACCAUUUGUUAUGAAAACCCCGUUAACAACAACAUACUCACAACAGUUGUGGUUAAUAGCUAAAUUAGAAACAUCAAACGAAGAUGAUGAAAAGUAUGACAAGAGUUUUCAGGUAAGUGUCGGAAUAGACGGAAUAACCGAAAGCCAUACCCCCCUAAAUAUAUUAAGUGCAGAAAACAUUAAAAAUCGUACAAGGCAUUUGCUUUGUGAAAGGAAUAUGUGUGAAGAAUUUAUAAUCUUACAUCUGGGUUUUCUAGAAUAUGCACAUUAUAUUAUAACCGUAAAAUUUUAUGAUCUGGAGCUAUUUCAUCAAAAAUAUAGAAUAAAAGGGAUAACAUUUUAUUUUAAGACUUACAGUCCUGCAUUCUCACAGAUCGAAAUAUGGUUUAGAUUUAUAUUUUUGCUUUUCACAUUUAUAGUUACGUGUUGGUUCGCCCAUACAUUACGUAAGUACCCGGUGUACGACUGGUCUAUUGAGCAAAAGUGGAUGUCAAUAUUACUCCCUCUUCUUGUAUUGUACAACAACCCUUUCUUCCCGUUGAUAUUUUUGUGGAAUUCGUGGUUCCCCGGAAUGUUAGAUGGAGUUUUACAAGCGACUUUUUUAUGCUCACUUUUAAUGUUUUGGUUAUGUAUCUAUCACGGCUUGCGCCAAAACGAAAGAAGAUUUGUGAGAUUUUAUCUACCCAAAAUAAUUGUUGUUAUGCCAAUUUGGUUUAGCGCCAUAGUUUUAGCUACAUGGGAAAAAUGCAAUGAAUUAAGAGACCCAACAUACAAUCACUUUGUCGACACUAAAAACUAUGAGGGUUUUAAAAUGUUCUUUUAUAUCGCUGGUACGAUGUAUAUUCUUUAUUUGGCUUUACUAGUACUGAAAUCGUAUAGUGAGCUGCGUUCGAUGCCAUUUUUUGACAUGCGUCUUAAAUUUUUAACACUUCUUAUGUUAGUUGUACUAUCAAUAUCUUUAGCAGUUACAGUUAAUCGUUUUGGCUUUGGCAUUUUAGAAGAUAACUUUGUGGCCAACUUGAAAACAACGUACAAAAGUUCAGCGCAAUUUAUGUGUUUUUAUGGUUUACUGAAUUUUUAUUUGUAUACGAUGGCUUACGUUUACUCACCGAAUGGAAAAUCAAAUGAACAAAUAACGAAAGAUAAUCCAGCAUUUUCAAUGAUAAACGAUUCAGACGAAGAUGUCGUUUACGGUUCUGAUGAUGAAAGCCGAAGGCCUUUGAAUUCAUCAAGUAAUACAACAGGUAGUAAAAAUGAUUACGAUAGCGACUAAAUGUAAAAAGAUUAAAUUGGGAAAUAACAAUUUUCUGAAAAAUUUGUAACAAUAAUAAUAAAUUUACGUACAUUUUACUUUACAAAAAAUAAUGUGUAAUAAGAUUUUUUUAUGUUAAUAUUUAUAAAGGUCAAAAAUAGAUUAAAUUAAAAUUAUAUUAUAUUGUAUACUUACGUAAAUGUAGUAUUAACAUGUACUUAAGAUUAAAAGGUCUAUUUUUUAACAGAAAAAAUAUAUUAACAAGAAUAAUUAUUAUAA